AUGAGCCCGGAGUCAUCGCCGAAUCUGCUGACGUCCAGCAGCCAGAUCUCCCCGACACCGGUGACCAGCAUACGCAGUCAGUCCUGGCCACUGGACGAGCGUCACGAGCAAGAGGGCAACGGCGCUGACAGCCGAGAAGGAAAAGGGCCAUCCGGCAAAAGCUCGCCCCGGCGAAUGGUCGUGGCGGCGCUGAGCAACGCCAUCCUGCAGUUCGGCAUCAACUUGUACCACGCCCGGCAAUCGCAUCGCGCAGCGCCUGCAAGCGACCCGCAGCAUGCCCAUCACCACCCACAAAAUGUGGUCUUCUCGCCUUACCUGAUCGCCAGCACUCUGCAGCUGAUGCAGUCGGGCGCACGCGGCGAGACGGCGGCGCAAAUUUCGCGCCUCUUGCAGUGGCCCGUACAAGCAGGCGUCGAUAAACAAGAACAAGUAGAGCAGGUGGUCCGCUACUUCGAACAUCGAGACAAGCGUCUGCUGCCGGACGGCCGUCACGACUGCUACCAGAAGGCGGGCUUCACAAUCCAGUACGACUGCUGUCUGCACAGAGACCGCCGGGUGACGCUCAAAGAAGAAUUCCAGGCGCGCCAUCUGAGGCCAUCGACAGCAGACUGGGUGGUGUCCACGUCACUGAGCGGCGGCGCUGAAAGCGGCAGCGACAGCCGCCGCCACAAGCAACGCUGGAAGAUCGAGGCGCAGCUGAAGGAGGCCGUCCCGCUUCUGGGGAAAAGCGUCAAUUUCGAGGCCCUCCCGCGGGGCACGGUGGAAGAGAACACGUCGCUCGUGCUGCUCAGCGCCGUCGGGAUAAAGGGUCGUUGGCGACGCCGCUUCGACCCGAUAAACGUGGGCGAGGGCUUCUUCUACGAGCCUGUGCUUGUGGAUGCGGUCGACGGGCAGCCAACAGAAGAAUGCAAACCGAGAGGCGUCACCAUGAUGCACCGUACGGGAAACUUCCGCAUGGCCGACAGCGCCGAGCUCGAGGCCACGGCUCUCGAGCUGCCUUACAAAUCCGGCGCGCGGUGCCUCGUCAUCUUCUUACCACAAAAGCGAGAUGGCCUCGCUACCCUCGAGGCCCGCAUGACGGCGGCCAACCUGGCGCAGUGUCUGCGCCGGAUGAAGCGGCGCACGGACGUCGACCUGACGCUGCCCAAGCUAUACGUGCGCGACACGAUGGACCUUGCCGCGGCGCUGUCGUCGAUGGGCGCGGACGCGCUUUUUCGCAGAGGCGCAGCGGACCUUUCCGGCAUGUGUGGAUCCGAGGGCGCGUUCGUAUCCGUCGCCAAGCACGCGGCGGCCUACCGCACCAGCUGGAAAGGACGCGUGAGUCGUUCGGCCACCCUGCCACCGGCGCCGGAGCACGAGAAGUUCACGGUGGACCGGCCGUUUCUUUUCCUGGUGCUCAGCCGGCGACCCAACGCAGUACUUUUGCUGGGCUCCGUGAGGAGCGUCAGACCGCACUUUUGCGAGGAGCUUCUGCCGUCGCCCUGA